GCGCUCAUUUUGGCUGAGAAUGGGCGCGCAUUUAUAUAGCCGAACUGUUACCGCUUUCCUUCUACCAGAGAAACUGUCGAAAAACAAGUCUGGAACUGAUUUCUUCUUCGAAAUUACUUGGCAGCUAACAGACAGACAGGGCUGCAGAUAGGGAGAGGAGAUGGAGGGGUACAGUUGCAGCAGUAACAGGCUGUACUCAGGGCCUCUGUCUGCGUCUGGACAGAAGAUCCUAGCAGCUCUCCGAGCCCAGAGCCACAACCACUACUCUGAUACAGCGAGGGCCCAAAGCUACAGACAACAUGAGCGGUAUGACGGCAGACAGAGAGGGUACCAGUCAGAGGCCAGCUGGAGCAGAGGAACACAGGAGGAGAGGAGAGGGAGAGAGACAGACCGGCCUUGGUCCAGACCCCAGUCCUACUUCCAGUCUUCCUCCUCAUGGGACCCUUCAUCCCAGAGGGACUACUCUCAGACCCCAGCCCUGUCCCAGGACUCUGCCCCCUCUUCUACCCCCAGAGAGAGCUCUCCUGAAGAGACAGAGCCCACCUUCUCACUCCACUUCCACUUGGAGAACCAGGGCCCUUCCAGACCACCCUUGCCCAGAACAGAGCACCCUAGGCCCCAUAGAGAGAAGCGAGCUGGGGCCUGUGGACCACCAUUCUCCAGAGCUAACGUUAGCAUAGCACCAAAGAACCACAUAGAAUGCCUAGAAACUCAAAGUGAAGGCUGGCACUUAGGGAGUGGAGAUGGGGAAUGGCAAUGCCCUGAACGUAGCCAAGAAGACACGUCCAUAGCCCCAGAGGACCAAAGGGAGAGGCUGGCUAAAGCCAAGUCCAUAGAAGUGGCCUUAGCUGGUGGAGGAGAUGCUGACCGUCAGGCCCCGGUGCCUGUUGCUAAAUGGCAGUUUGGGAGUCUGCUACUGCCUCCACCUCAGAGAGCUUACAAGACCAAAGAGAAGGCAGACUGUGACAAAAAGAGACUAGAGAGAGGGCUGUUACUUCCUACAUCAGAGAGCGAGGACUUCACAAUGGAGGACAUGGACAGUGGCCCGACCUUUGAACUAAGAAUGGAUGAUGAAAUUGGAGCAAGUUGUGCAUUGGAGAAGGAUGGCUUUGGAGCAAGUCACACAGUGGAGAGGGAUGGCUUUGGAGCAAGUCAUGGUUUGGAGACCGAUGGCUUUGGAGCAAGUCAUGGUUUGGAGACCGAUGGCUUUGGAGCAAGUCAUGGUUUGGAGACCGAUGGCUUUGGAGCAAGUCAUGGUUUGGAGACCGAUGGCUUUGGAGCAAGUCAUGGUUUGGAGACCGAUGGCUUUGGAGCAAGUCACACAGUAGAAAGAGAUGGCGUUGGAGCAAGUCACACAGUAGAAAGAGAUGGCAUUGGAGCAAGUCACACAGUAGAAAGAGAUGGCGUUGGAGCAAGUCACACAGUAGAAAGAGAUGGCGUUGGAGCAAGUCACACAGUAGAAAGAGAUGGCAUUGGAGCAAGUCACACGGUAGAAAGAGAUGGCAUUGGAGCAAGUUACACAGUAGAAAGAGAUGGCGUUGGAGCAAGUCACACAGUAGAAAGAGAUUGCUUUGGAAGUCAUUCACUGAAGAGAGAUGGCUUUGGAGCAAGUCACACAGUAGAAAGAGAUGGCAUUGGAGCAAGUCACACGGUAGAAAGAGAUGGCAUUGGAGCAAGUCACACAGUAGAAAGAGAUGGCGUUUGGAGCAAGUCACACGGUAGAAAGAGAUUGCUUUGGAAGUCAUUCACUGAAGAGAGAUGGCUUUGGAGCAAGUCAUGCUUUACAGAGGGAUGGCUUUGGAGAAAAACUGCUCUUCAAUGAGGGCGACGUCACUGAGGACCUCAGCCACAGGGACAGCACAGAAAGCCAAUGUGCAGUUGGGUUAGUUGACCAGCAGGGGGCGCUGCAUGGAGACACAGCCCAGUCAGAACGGGAGAUGGUGACAGAAGGAGGACCAAGGGACAACCUCAGCGAGAGAGACCCCAUCAAGAGGAAACGGCUCUUCAGUGAUAUGACUACUGACAACCAGAGAGGGAUGGGGUGUGGAGAGAUGGAGGAAAGAGUGGAGAGGGAGAGUAAGGAUGACAUCAAGGAAGGAGGGAUGAAGAAAAAGAUUGAGAGGAAGAACAGCAGGAGUAGUACCAAACCCCACCAGCAGAGGAAGGUGUCACCCUCACUGGGGCAGAUGAGGGAUGGAGAGGGCCUGGGGGUGACCCAGAUGAGGGAUAGUCACCCAGAGGAGAGGAGGAACAUGGAUGGGCCAUUGGUGAUAGCUGCACAGAGGAACAGUGGAGGAAACACAGAACCCUUAGCUGCAGGACAUUCCAUUCCGAAGCCAUCUCAGGAGAGUGGGAGAGUAUUCAGAGCCCCCCCUCUCCGGGGGACCCAUCUGGGACAGACCCCCCUGGCUACUAAUCAUCACAACAACACUCAGGCUGGUGAUGGAGGCUCCAGAGAGAGGGGGUUGAGUGUAGAUCCUGUACUAACCAACCCCUCUCUUGCUGGGCAUGGCAGAGCCGCAGGGCUGGGGUCCGGCCUGACCUCUAUACAUGCUAGUGGUGAAGAGGAGAGCAGCAGCCCUCACCCCUCUCACCCUCUCCCCUCUGCCCAACAGCCACCCCUGACACCUACCUUCUCCCUCAAAAGGAAGCAUGGCGCCCCUCUGCCCAAAAUCGCCCUCUUCAGGCGGCUGGUGAAAUGGGAACCCCCUCGAUCCUCUCAAGGGAAAGCAAGGAACUUGCAAGGGGGCCAGGAGGGGUGCAAACCCCAAACCCCAACCCCCAAACACCCAGACCUGACCCCAGCCUUUAGCCUAGACCCCCGAACCAAAACCAAGACCCUCCACAAGACUGAGGGAACCAAGGGCGUAUCUCUAACCCCUAACCCCCCACAUCGACCCCCAGCCAACCCAGUUAGGCCAAGACAGGGGGUCCCAAUGGGGGAGAGGGGGCUUGAAUCAACCAGAGACCAUUCUAGUUCAGACACCCCCCAGCAUAGAUCCUCCAAAACCCCCAAACCACCCAAGCCGAAGCAGACCAGACCUGGGCCUAACCAGGGUCAACUUACCCCAGAAACAGAACCAGAGGUGGGAAGCGGUGCCGGUGACCCCCAGGCCCAGUCCAACCAAUCCAAAGCCUGUCUGACUACAGCCAUGAUCUCUGACCCCAGAGUAAGGGAUGCUGGGAAGUUGAGUCCUGAGGAGAGAGGCAAGGUGCUGGAGGAGGCAGGGCAGGCCAGUGCGCUGGUUCUAACCAUGGUGUACCAGGAUGGAACCACUCAGAUGGACUCAGAACAGAAGCUCAGUCCGUCAGUGUGUGGGGUGCUGGUGAUGUUGAAAAGAGAUCUGGACCAGACUGGACCAGUACCAGGACCAGAGGAGGGAGUGGCACCAGGAGACAGUCUGGUCUACCUCAGACUGGAACAGAAACCUGCAUGGGCCCAGAGCCACCAAGACCACAACCUAGACCUCUUCAACAGAGAGAUGCUGCUGCAGAUAGUGUCAGGGUCUCAACUGGUGGUGUGUUACAAGGCCAAAGACCUGCUCCGUACAGCACUGCAGCACUACAGAUCAGACCUACACUGGAAACAAAUCUCAUCUUGUCGUGUCCAGGACCCCCAGGUAGCAGCCUGGCUGUUGGACCCAGCUGACCCCUCUUCCUGCUUCACUAACCUGCUCACCAAACACUGUAGGACACCCCCCAGAACCCCAACACCUGCCCUGGGGGCAAGGAAGGUGUCCCAGGUUAUCUCCAGUCUGUCUCUGCUCUACAGGCUGAAUGUGGAGCUACGCUCUAAACUACAAAGCCAGGGUCUGUGGGACCUGUACUCUAAUAUGGAGCUGACAAUGAUCCCUGUACUGGCAGCGAUGGAGAGCCACAGGAUCCAUGUGAACAAGGAGUCCCUAAAGACAACAUCAGAGAUGCUGGGGACUAAGAUGAAGCAGCUUGAGCACCAGGCCCACCAGGCAGCAGGCCAGAUGUUUCUAGUGUCCAGCAGCACCCAGCUCAGGACGGUUCUGUUUGAGAAGCUGCGUCUGCAGGAGCGCUGUGAAAACAAGAAGCUCCCCAAGACCCUCAACAAACAACAGCAGUCUACAUCCGAGGCUGUGUUGUUGCAGCUCCAGGACCUGCACCCUCUGCCGAAGAUCAUUCUGGAAUACAGACAGGUUCAUAAGAUCAAGUCCACCUUCGUCGAUGGGAUUCUGUCUUGCAUGAUGAGCAAGAACUUCAUCUCGUCCACAUGGUACCAGACCAGUGCAGUGACUGGAAGAAUCUCUGCCAAACACCCAAACUUCCAGGCCCUCCCAAGGCAGCCAGUGCAGAUCACUAAGAAGCAGUAUGUUCAAGGAAAGGAGGCGGAGGUGGUGACGGUUCACCCACGGGCCAUGUUCAUCCCCCAGGACGGCUGCACCUUCCUGGCUGCAGAUUUCUGCCAGGUGGAACUGCGUCUGCUGGCUCACCUCUCCUCAGACCCUGAGCUGCUGAGGAUCUUUAACAACCCACAGGCCGACAUCUUCACCAUGCUGGCCUCACAGUGGAAGGGUGUGAGUGAGGGAGAAGUGAGUUCAGAGGAUAGAGAGCAUGCCAAGCAUAUCGUCUACUCUGUGGUGUAUGGAGCAGGUAAGGAGCGUCUGUCGGGCAUCCUGGGUGUUAGUGCUGAACAGGCCAGCCACUUCCAGGACAGCUUCCUCCACACCUACAGAGAGGUCCAGACCUUCAUACACACCACUAUCCAGCAGUGCCACAAACGAGGUUACGUGGUGUCUAUUAUGGGCCGGCGAAGGACACUUCCUCACAUCCACUCUGCAGAUUGGGGUGUCCGCAUGCAGGCCGAGAGACAGGCCGUCAACUUUGUGGUCCAAGGUUCAGCUGCUGACCUGUGUAAGAUGGCCAUGAUCCGUAUCUUCUCCCAAGUCUCCUCAUCUAGCUCUCUCUCCGCCAGGCUGAUAGCUCAGCUCCAUGACGAGCUGCUCUACGAGGUGGAGGACUCUCAGGUGGAGGAGUUCGCAGUGUUGGUCAAGAACAAUAUGGAGUCCCUGCAACACAUCGAUUGUCUGGGAGUUAAUCUCAAAGUCCCCCUGAAGGUGGCGGUCUCAAGUGGCAAGUCCUGGGGCUCCAUGUCUGAACUACACCUCCCCCAAACAUCUCUCCCCCCCUCUUCCUGAGUCCCUCUCUCCAUCUCUUACUCUCUCUCCCUCUUCUCUCCCUCAUUGUGCUGCAUCCCCAUCGCUAUGGAAACCAGGCAGCUGCAGCUCCUCCAAGCUCCCAAUUCUCCUCUCUCUCUCUCUCUCCAGUUCUCUCCCUCACACCCCCCCUCUCUCUGUCCGUAUCAGGGGGCAACGGCAGGAGCCUCCCACUGGAACACAUCAGUUUCUCUUUUUUCCACCCUCCCUCCAUUUUGUGGAAUUGUAGUCCUCAUCUCUUCACAUUUUUCUUUUCUCACCCCUCUUGUUUAGACUUUUGGUUUCUGUGUUCCGUUGCCAAGGCAAAACCACACUUUGAGAAAUUUGUUUGGCAUUGUUGCCUUUUUAAAAGUAUUUUUUCACCUACAGUAAAUGUACCUCAUUAGCUAGGUAACAGUCAGGGAAUUUUUAAGAUUCUAUACUAUGUUUGAUUGUAUUUAUUUGUAUUUAUUAACUGAUAUCCUGUCUGAAUUUCCUAUUAUUGCAUUAAUUGUAAAGUAAAG